AUGUAUACAAAAAACAGUUCAAUGAGCAAAUCUCAAUAGAUACUCAAUUUAUACAGUAGUUUUGUGCAUCCAUAAACAUAACAUAAACAAAAUAAAUCAGACAAUGAAGUUCACAAACGAUUGGGAGCCAUCCUGAAAAAAAAUUGUUCGCCAUACCAGAAACCAUUUUAGCAUAAAUCGAAUAGCAAAUAAGGGAGUAAACAAAGCGAGAUUUUGCGUCAUUUAACAUCGUCUCCCAUUUAGUCUUUGAGAUUUAAAAGAAUAAGUUCAAAAUAAUAAUUACAGUUGGAUUCAUACGAGGAACCAAAAUUGUAAUCAAAAGAGAACAUGGUUGAAUAAUAAUAUAAUUCGAUGAAAAGAAGCACCUAAAAGAAUUUGUUAACUCUUAUUGAGUCUACGAAAAGACUUUUAGAUGAAUAUAAAAAUAGAUUAGAUAAGGCUGAGGGCGAGAAAUAAUAGUUGGAAUAGGAAGUAUAAUACUGGAAAUCAAAAUCUGGUUAUUGA